AUUCAAUAAUCCAAUAGAGCUGUGGAGCAUCAAAUAAAACACACGGCGACAAUGGAGUUCAACUGAUCUAUUACUUCAACCAUCACAGUUUUGCCCUGGUAGUUACAUAAGCUUCGUCUACUUUGUUCAUCCCUGGUGGACAUAUGGACCCACCUCCGAGACCCGGCAGAAAGGGCAUAAAAGUGUUUUUGAUGAGUGGUAGAGGCGAUCUUCAUCAUGUAGGCUUGGCGCUGCUUUUGAGACAGCCAUGUCAUGCACUGUUGGAGAUCAUCCUGCAGGUUCCGACUUUGCGGCCGUCACUUGCCGACCCCUUUCGUGUUGGGAAAUGCUGUCCCGGGCACAGCGUCACAGCACCCGCCCUCAGCAAAUCCCCAGCAUCAUGUCAGAGAGGCGGUGGCAGAACGAACGACGUAGUUCAUGUCAAUCGGCGACGACGGACAAGACCAAUAUACGAGAGCGAGACAUACUUGCACACAUGCUAUGACGAAGAUGGGAGACAAUUUAAAAGGUGGAAAGAAUCAUGUAAUUGCAUGUCUAGUAAGAACUCCUCAUCCAUGGUAUCGACCGGAAAAUAUCAAGACCAAAACUCCAUAUCAAACCAGGCACCAAUGCCAUGUAGUUGUGAUGCACCAAUAGCCUUGUAGCGCCAAACAGUGAAAACGAAAGAAUUAAUGGGCUAAUACCCAAUCCGAUAAAGUGGUAUCAUUCGCUUGAAGCGUCAAUGAAAAGAAAAACGUGCUCUGCUGCGACCAGGCGACAGUCAGAGAGGCGAGAAAGGAAGCGCUUAAACGCAGGAUGAAGAUUGUGAUAACGUUGACGCUCAGGCUUGGGAGUGCGUGAAGCUGGCGUGUCGUAGAGUCGGUAAAGGUCAUAAAUUAAAAGGUGCUCCAGUUCCAGUUGCCGCCAACAGAUUGGGCGACAC